GGCAGACGCAGUAGAACUCUUGCUGAGUCUCAAUUGUAUCCAUAAAGAUAAUAAAAUUUGUAUAUUUCCUCUUUCCUCUGAGAUUCCUUUGUCUGAUCGUGAACUUGUAGUAGUGUUUUCGUGAUAGAAAAUUUUCAAAGUUAAUGUGCAUACACUAGCUAGUGAAGAAGAAGAAGACUAACUAAGAAUGGAAGGAACUUGUUUUCUCCGUGGACAACCUCUCACAACAAUACCCUCUCUUCCCAGCAGAAAAGGGUUUCUUCUCCAAAGAUGGAAGACCAAUCGGAUUGUCAGGUUUUCAGGUUUUAAGAAUCACUCGGUUUCUGGAAAGUCGAGGUCUUUCGAUCUUAGCCUCAGAGCUUCAGGUCCCAUUAGAGCAAGCUCUGUAGUAACAGAAGCAAGCCCUACCAACUUAAAUUCCAAAGAAGAAGACCUUGUCUUUGUAGCCGGUGCUACUGGUAAAGUUGGUUCUAGAACUGUGAGAGAGCUACUGAAGCUGGGAUUUCGGGUUAGAGCUGGAGUUCGAAGUGCUCAGAGAGCAGGAAGUCUUGUGCAAAGUGUUAAGGAAAUGAAGCUCCAGAACACAGAUGAAGGAACUCAACCUGUAGAAAAGCUUGAAAUUGUGGAGUGUGACUUGGAGAAGAAAGAUUCAAUACAGCCCGCAUUGGGAAAUGCAUCGGUGAUUAUAUGCUGUAUUGGUGCUAGCGAGAAAGAGAUCUCCGAUAUUACCGGUCCUUACAGGAUCGAUUACCUAGCCACCAAAAACCUUGUUGAUGCUGCAACAUCAGCAAAAGUUAAUAACUUCAUUUUGGUGACAUCCUUGGGGACAAAUAAAUUUGGAUUUCCCGCUGCGAUUCUCAACCUAUUCUGGGGAGUUCUUUGCUGGAAGAGAAAAGCUGAAGAAGCAUUGAUUGAAAGCGGUCUUAAUUACGCAAUAGUUAGACCUGGAGGAAUGGAGAGACCGACUGAUGCAUACAAAGAAACUCAUAAUCUCACUCUUGCUCUAGACGAUACAUUGUUUGGUGGUCAGGUCUCAAAUCUCCAGGUUGCAGAGUUGCUUGCUUGCAUGGCAAAGAAUCCUCAACUUUCUUUCUCUAAGAUUGUGGAAGUGGUUGCUGAAACAACUGCACCAUUAACUCCAAUUGAAAAGCUUCUUGAAAAGAUUCCUUCCAAACGGCCUUAUGUCCCUCCACCGAAGGCAUCAGUUGCAACCAAAGAGGUCAAACCAGUCCCUACUAAGCCUGUCACUCAAGAACCAACAGCUCCUAAAGAGGAUGAAGCACCUCCAAAAGAAAAAAAUGUGAAACCUAGGCCGCUGUCUCCUUAUGCCUCCUACGAAGACUUGAAACCUCCAACAUCUCCUAUUCCAAAUUCGACCACAUCGGUCAGUCCUGCCAAAUCUAAGGAGGUAGAUGCCACUCAGGUUCCUGUUGAGGCCAAUGUAGUGCCAGUGCCAGAUAGUACCUCAAAUGUCCCAGUAGUAGAAGUAAAGCAAGUUGAGGAAAAGAAAGAGAGGCCUCUUUCCCCUUAUGCCCGCUAUGAGAACCUAAAACCACCCUCAUCGCCCUCUCCUACAGCUUCGAGUACCAGAAAGAGUGAUUCUUUGUCGCCUGGUCCAACCGAUUCUGAUACUGAUAAAAGCUCAACAGUUGCAAAAACUGUCACUGAGACGGCAGUUGCAACAAGUGUCACUGAGACCUCAGUUGCAACAAGUGUACCUGAGACAGCAGUUGCAACGAGUGUCACUGAGACAGCAGCACCAGCCACAUCAAAAAUGAGGCCUCUUUCUCCUUAUGCAAUUUACGCAGACCUGAAACCACCAACCUCACCAACUCCUGCAUCAACAGGUCCCAAGGAAGCAGCAUCUGUAGAAGACAACUCAGAGUUACCUGGAGGCAAUAAUGAUGUGCUGAAAACAGUUGAUGGAAAUCUGAACACAAUUCCACCUUCUACACCGGAAGCAGUACCUGUUGUUAGCAGUGCGAUAGACACUUCCCUUGCUUCAGGAGACAAUACAGCUCAGCCAAAGCCAAGGCCUUUAUCACCUUACACAAUGUACGCGGACAUGAAGCCUCCAACAUCACCACUUCCAUCUCCAGUCACCAAUCAUUAGCUAUGUGAGACGAGAAUUGGCCUCCUAAACCCUGGAGCUUCUUCUUAAUUGCAGGUUGUAAACAAUGAGUAAGAGAGUGAUGGGGCAAUUCAGUUUUGCAGGUAUGAAUCAGUGAGCUUAUUUGUACAAUAAUACAAUAUUCAUCAACAUGCCUUAUAUAUGAGUUCUACUUUUUUUCUCCUGUUCAACGAUCAAUGCAGUAACCAUAUUGUUACCCUAUCUCAUACAUAUAUGAUGACCCAAAUUAAUUAUCAUUAGGCUUUCAUAUAGCUGUCUUAUAAUCUCUCUUCUGUAUUCUUCUCAUUCAGUCAACUUUAUGUCUUUUUGUAUACAGUUUUAAUAUAAAAAGAUUGGGAAAAUUUAAUUAUAAGUGCGUAUC